GCAGUGGCAUGAAUCAUAGCUCACUGCAUCAUCAUACUCCUAGGCUCAAGCGAUCCUUCCACCUUAGCCUCCCUAGCAGCUGCAGGCCCACCUGGGAUCUUGGAACAUAUCCCCCUGCAAAUAAAGGGGAACUACCAUAAUAAGAGGAAACUCAUGUUCAGCAAUGAUUCUAUGAAGUAUUUUGUGGGAGUUUUCUUACUCUUAAAAAGACAACCAUAUGUAGAAGCUGAUAUUCUUAUCCCUAUUUUAAUGAUUAGGAAACGGAGCCAUGUUAGCAACUGUCUGAUCAAUUUCUUCUAUAUUCUCUACCUCUCAUGUCUUGACUAACCUCACGCUUACCCUGAUGCCAUGAAAGAAUUUCUGGUUUGGGUGAUGUGGACCAUUUUUCAGUGUUAGAAUGUAGGAAUGGAUUGAGAAUCUGUUUGAAAGAGGACUGUGCAGCCCAGUCUUAGGUCCAGAUCAGCGUUCCCAAAAUGGGCGGAGCUGGAAAACCUCCUGCUGAAGUAUCUGAUUCUGCCAUCCUUAAGAGGUGUCACUGCUCUGUACCCAGCUGUGCACAGCUUGGUUCCCUAGGGUUUGGAUUACUCUAUUCUUCCCCCAAAUUUUGUUUGAGGGUGGUUGUAUCAUAGUUUUGAAGCUGACAAGGAAGGACAGGAAAGUUUAUUAAUUUAUGUCAUUGGGAAAACUAAAGCCUUCUUUCCCUCUCAGCUCUGGACUUUCUAGGGUUUGAACUUCUCUGGUAGAGGAACCCCAAAAGAAGACUGAUCAGUUCUUACAUUUCUAUAAGGAUGGCCCACUUUCAGGGAUCAGUGACCUUCAGGGAUGUGGCCAUAGUCUUCUCUCAGCAGGAGUGGGAGAGUCUGGAUUCUACUCAGAAGGACUUGUACAGAGAGGUGAUGUUAGAGAACUAUAGGAACCUGGUAUCAGUGGCAGGACAUUCCCUCUCUAAACCCCAUGUGAUUACCUUAUUGGAACAAUGGAAAGAUCCUUGGAUGGCAAUGAGGAAAGAUCAAAGAAAACAGUCUACAGACUUGCAUUUGAAGGGUGAGAUAAUCAGCUAUGAGGAAAUGCCUACUUCUGAAAAAUGUACAUCUUUUGCCCUACAUCAGAAAGUUCUUAAUCAAAAGAAACCAUGUGAAUGUCAAGAACGUGGGAAGCCUUUUUGUCAAGGCUCAAAGUCUGUUCAACAUGAGAGAAUACCAACCAGUGGAAAACCCUGCAAAUGUAAAGAAUGUGGGAAUAACUUGAGUAAUGGAUAUCAAUUCACUGUACAUCAGACAUUGCAUGCUGGUGAGAAACCCUACAAAUGUAAGGAAUGUGGGAAAGCUUUUAUAGUGUAUGGAAAACUUAUCCGGCAUCAGAGUACUCACACUGGUGAAAAACCUUUUGUAUGUAACGAAUGUGGGAAGGCCUUUAGUGCCUUUUCAUACCUUGUUCAACAUCAGCGAAUUCAUACUGGUGUAAAACCUUAUGAAUGUAAAGAAUGUGGGAAGGCCUUUAGUACUAGUUCACCUCUUGUUAAACAUCAGAGAAUUCAUACUGGUGAGAAACCCUAUGAAUGUAAGGAAUGUGGGAAGGCUUUUACUGUGUAUGGACAACUUACUCGACAUCAGAGUAUUCACACUGGUGAGAAACCCUUUGAAUGUCAGGAAUGUGGCAAGACCUUUAGACUUAGUUCAUUUCUUAAUGCACAUCUCCGGAUCCAUGCAGGGGUAAAGCCCCAUGAAUGUAAGGAAUGUGGGAAAGCCUUCAGUCGUGCUUCAUAUCUUGUUCAACAUGAAAGACUUCAUACUGGCGAGAAACCCUAUGAGUGUAAGGAAUGUGGCAAGGCCUUUAGUACUGGCUCAUACCUUGUUCAGCAUCAGAGAAUUCAUACUGGUGAGAAACCCUAUGACUGUAAAGAAUGUGGCAAGGCUUUUAUUAGUCGCCAUCAACUUACUGUACAUCAAAGGGUUCAUACUGGCGAGAAACCCUAUGAGUGUAAGGAAUGUGGCAGGGCCUUUAGAGUACAUGUACAUCUUACACAACAUCAAAAAAUUCACAUUGAUGUGAAGCCCUAUGAAUGUAAGGAAUGUGGAAAGACUUUUAGUCGGGGCUCAUACCUUGUACAACAUGUGAGAAUUCAUACUGGUGAGAAGCCUUAUGAGUGCAAGGAAUGUGGAAAGGCCUUUAGUUCUGGCUCAUACCUUGUUCAACAUCAAAGAAUUCAUACUGGGGAGAAACCCUAUGAAUGUAACCAAUGUGGGAAAGCCUUUGCCGUUUAUGGACAACUUAUUGGACAUCAGAGUGUUCACACUGGUGAGAAGCCCUUUGAAUGUAAGGAAUGUGGGAAAGCCUUUAGACUUAAUUCAUUCCUUACUGAACAUCAGAGGGUACACACUGGCGAGAAACCCUUUAAAUGUAAAAAAUGUGGAAACACCUUUAGAUAUAGUUCAGCCCUUAAAGCACAUCAGAAAAAGCAUAUGGCUGUAAAGUCCUAAGAAUGUAAGGAAUGUGGUAAGUCCUUUAUGUAUGGUUCAAACAUUGUUGAGCAUCAGAGGAUUUAUGCUGGUAAAAAACUUUUGAAUGUAAAGAAUGUUGUUAGGCCUUUAGAAAAUACUCUCAUCUUUCUUAUAUUAGAGAAUUCAUAAUUUAAUUCAGAAAACAUAAGAAAGCCUUCAUUUGUAAUCUUUGUGUUUGCAAUAUCAAUAUUCAUACUGUUAGACAAUUCAGAAAAGGUGGGAGAUAUUGUUACUUAAUGCUUAUAGCAUUGAUAGCAUGAAAUUUUAUGUGAUGUUUUCCAAUUUGAUUGAAUGAGUAAAAAACCUUCCUGAACUUCUUAAACCAGUUUAACCUCAGAUAAUUUAUCCUAAUAUUUUAAAACCAGUUAAUGUGUAAUAAAAGUCUUUAGCCAUGGCAUGUAUGUUAACUAUUAUCAUUGUCAUAUGAUAUGCCCUCCACCUUACAGCUGGUUUGAUAUUAGGCACCAUACUCAUCACCUGGGGGCAUUGUUUUAAGAUGGUAAUAAUAGAACCUACAUUCUUAUAAAAAUCUAUGCUCAAUAAUUAUUAGUUUCAUUGUCAUUUUUUGUAACUACUAGUGAAAUUUUGAGAGUAAAACCCUACAGAUGUAGUUAAUCUAAAAAUGCCUCUAUAUUAAUUUAUUCAUUUUAGAAUUUUAGAUUCUGGAUAAAACUUUGCAAAAAGAAAGUAACAUAACACCAUAUUGAUGUAGAGCUCAUCUCUUAACCACUUUGGUACGAGUCAACUAUAGUCGAUAGCCACAGAUGAAUGCACACAUCGACUUUAGCUGACAGC